AUGGCUUCGAACAACUGCAAGGCCAACACCUUCCACGACGAUGCUGCCUCCACAUACAGCGCUACCUCCACAACCACCCUCACGAAGGAGAAGAAGGAAGCAACCAGAAAGUGGUUGUCCAAGAACAAGGCCAAGAAGAGCCCGAAACCUCCGAUGACCCAAGCAGAGAGGGCCGAGAAAGCCCUCCAUACCGAAGCCCUGGCCGAUGUUUUUUAA